AUGUCGGGCCUCUUCAACUCCUAUGAGGAGGACUUCAACGACACUGUGCGGGGCCUCCGCGAGGGGUGCUCCAAACUGCAGGCAAACAUUGACGCACAGUCCGCGCCUGAGAAGGACCCAACACGCAUUUAUCACCCACCGCCUGCCACCGGCCCCCUCAGCCGGGCGCAGCAGCUGCAGGUUGUGCAGCAAAGCCUCUCUCACGCAAAGGACCUGCUCACCAGUAUGAUGUACGAGGUGACAGACCUUUCGCCCUCAGAGGGAGCGGUGGCGAAGCAGAAGGUAGAGGCGUUUCGCAAGAUAUGCAACGGCCUAGAUCGAGAGGUGGCGCACUUGCGGCAGUCGUGCAAUGCGGCGGACAGGACGGACUUGCUUCGGUUUUGCGGCUCCCCUACUGCUGGCGGCACAGGCGACGCCUUCAUGGCCGAGGCGGACGCCGACACCCAGGCGCAUCGCCUCUUGGCCCUUCAAACGACCGAGAAGCUACAAGGCGGCACCAGCACGCUGCGCAAGGCAGAGGCGUACCUCGCGCAGACAAACAAUCUCGGCCGCGAGUCCCUCAACACGCUCCGCACGCAGACGGAGCAGAUUGCACACGUGCACGAAAUCACCAACGACGUCGACGCCGAGAUAUCGCGAGCGCGGGUGCUUAUCAACCAAAUGCAGCGCACCGCCAUCAAGCACAAGAUGUGGCUCCUUGGCAUCAUCCUUUUACUAGUCGGCUUCAUCUUCCUCCUCGUCUACCGUCACUGA